AGGCUCAAGUGACAAGUUAUUUGGACUCAGAGGAAAGACCACACCACGCCAUGGCCAGUGAUAGGCUUGAGCUAGAACAUGAUUUUUUGGACAAUGCCAAAAGCUUCAAUUGGGCUGCGGUGAAAGACCUCCUGAAGGAGACGCCUGAUUUGAUCAAUGUCCAGCCUUCAAUGCGAUGGACUGCUCUGCACCAAGCUGCUUUCGAUGGCAAUGCUGAUAUUGCGGCUUUCCUUCUGGAGAAAGGCGCAGACCCUCAAGCCCUUACGCGCUCUGGCCAAACCGCUUCCGAAGUAGCCAAGAACGAGGCGGUGAGGCGGGUGCUUCAAAAAGCAGAAGGAGACGGGGAGGGAGAGGCAGCGGCAGAAGCUGGGCCUCCGAAAAAGAAGGCAAAGAAAAUGCGCAACUAUCAACUCAACAUCAACAAUGCAGUGGACAAGGAAUAUGAAGGAAGCAGCCUCAGCGACAUUGCUGCCGCUCCAACCUCAGCUUUGCAAGGUGUGGCGCAGAAAGGGCGAGAUGUCCUCAAGAAGUUUAAGGUCCACACCAUCAGUGACUUGGGAAAUUGGAAGUUCUACCGCAUUUCAAAAGCAAUCCUGGGCUUGUCCUCGCUGGAACAAGAAGGAAAGCGAGAAGAAGGAGCAGCCUUGAACAUAAACAAGGCCUUGGACAAAAAGCAUGAGUGCAAACAUUUGAAAGAGAUUUUGGAACUUCCCCCAUCAGCCUUGCAGGGUUUGGCUGGCUGGGCUGAUGCGGAGCUUGCAAAAGUAGGAGUCACGACGAUCGCCAAGCUGGGGGAUUGGAAAUAUGCGAAAUGGGCUGAGUGGAUUUCCGAGCUCUCCGAGUUUGAGAAUCUCGACUUUGCCAGCCUUUGAGCAGCUGAGUCCUCCUACUUUGAGCUGACUCUCGAUUGAAUCUAUAACAGCUGAGAAGAACCGAAAAGCCGC